GCGGAAAAUUUCCUGAAGAUACAUUCCAAUUUGGACCAUUUACUUUUUUGGAGACAAAUAUUAUUCAAUCGGGCUCAAACCGAGAUCAAAUUAACCUUUUUUUUUAAAAUUUUGGUGAGUAAUUAAUAAUGCAUUUGGACUUAAAAAAACAAAGGGCUUGAAUAAUUAAAAUAGAAUCAGUUUUUUGGCUUACAGAAGAUGGAGGAAGAGCUGAAGACUACGAAUAAAGAGUUGAAGGAGAGGGAGGAUGUAUUUCAAACGAAGAUGAAAGAGGUGGAAGCACAAAUUAAAGAGCUAAAAGAGAGGGUCAAAGUGAUAGAAGAAAUGGAGGAAGAGCUAAAGACUAAAAAUAAAGAGUUGAAAGAGAGGGAGGAUGUAGUUCAAACGAAAAUGGAAAAGGCAGAAGCACAAAAUAAAGAGUUGAGGGAGAGGAUCAAAGUGAUGGAAGUGACACAGGUAAAUGUUGGAUGCAUAUCUUCAGGGAUAGGGGGAGGGAAAGAGGGUGCAUAUUGGGCUUACAAGGCCGAUGGGCCUAUAAUGCUCAUAAGUUUUCAAUAUGCAAACGCUAUCGAUUCAAUUAUAUUCCAAAGUAAAAUCGGCGGUAAAGUUGGACGCUCUGUGAAAAUUGGCGGUAGCGGUGGCCAUACGCUUAAAACGUUCUCCAUUGACAGUUCAGUAGAGCAAAUCUCGUCCAUAAAUUUGACAUACGAAGAGUACUGUGGAGAAGUGAGAAUCGUCUCUCUCGGUUUUGAAACAAAUGUGGGGAACAAAUAUGGGCCUGUUGGUUUGAGAAUGGGUACUUCUUCUGUGUCCAUUCCAAUAGAAGGUGGGGACUUCGCUGGAUUCCAUGGACGUGUUGGAACCUUCCUUACUGCAAUUGGUGUGCUUGUAGCACCCAAGCACCCAAAGUGAAAAGUCAGAUUAUGCGCCAACCCAACACAACACAAGGGAAUCUAAUUGGCACAUACUUUUCUUCAAUAUUGUUUGACUGUUGGGAAGGCGCGGUCGGUUUCUUCAGCAGGAGUAACUCUUAUUCACAUGCCGUAGGAGUUCGAUCACUUAAGUAUUUAUCUUUCAAUAUUUGUAAUAAUUGCAUUUUCGUUCCGACCUUGAUACGGUCGUAGACUCUGGUGUCCAAAUUACGCAUCUUCAGUUAUGCAGAUGCGCUAAAUAAUGCCCCUGAGGCACUUGGUUAAGGGCAAUAAAUAGACUUGUAAUCAGUAUUAUAUUGUAUUGUAUUGUAAUAUAUAAACGAUGUGCGAUCUUC